UUAAAAGAAAUAAAUACAAAACGUUUACAAUUUUCAGUGAAAAAAUUAACAAAAAAUAAAUAAAAUUUAAUAGAAUCCUAUAAAAAAACACAUAAAAUGUCCAAUGUAACAGCAGCGGUUAUAGCUAAUCGCAAUAAAAAACACUUUUUGGGUGUACCAGCUCCCCUGGGCUAUGUGGCCGGUGUAGGUCGUGGUGCUACAGGUUUCACAACACGUUCUGAUAUUGGUCCGGCUCGAGAUGCAAAUGAUGUUUCAGAUGAUCGUCAUGCACCACCCGCCGCCAAACGCAAGAAAAAAGACGAAGAAGAAGAGGAGGAUGAGGAUUUGAAUGAUUCUAAUUAUGAUGAAUUCAGUGGUUAUAGUGGUUCUUUGUUUUCCAAAGAUCCCUAUGAUAAGGAUGAUGAGGAGGCGGAUGCUAUUUAUGAUUCGAUAGAUAAGCGUAUGGAUGAAAAGAGGAAGGAGUACAGAGAUAGACGAUUAAGGGAAGAUUUGGAGAGAUAUCGGCAGGAAAGACCCAAAAUUCAACAACAGUUUUCUGACUUAAAACGUUCUUUGUCCAAUGUCACCGCCGAAGAGUGGUCCAAUAUUCCCGAAGUAGGAGACAGUCGUAAUAGGAAACAGCGUAAUCCCCGGGCCGAAAAAUUCACUCCCCUACCAGACAGUGUAUUGUCCCGAAAUCUAGGAGGAGAAUCCUCUUCCACCAUUGAUCCCUCCUCGGGUUUGUCUUCUAUGGUGCCUGGAGUGGCAACACCAGGAAUGUUAACUCCGACCGGAGAUUUGGAUUUGCGUAAAAUUGGUCAGGCUCGUAAUACACUAAUGAAUGUAAAACUAUCACAAGUUUCUGAUUCGGUAACGGGUCAGACAGUGGUAGAUCCCAAGGGUUAUCUCACCGAUUUGCAAAGUAUGAUUCCCACUUAUGGUGGAGACAUCAAUGAUAUUAAAAAGGCUAGACUGUUGCUGAAGAGUGUCAGAGAAACAAAUCCCAAUCAUCCGCCCGCCUGGAUAGCCUCGGCUCGUUUGGAGGAAGUUACCGGUAAAGUGCAAAUGGCUCGUAAUUUGAUUAUGCGCGGCUGUGAAAUAAAUCCCCAAUCGGAAGAUUUAUGGCUGGAGGCGGCUCGCUUGCAGCCCACAGAUACCGCUAAAGCGGUAAUAGCCCAGGCAGCUCGUCAUAUACCCACUUCGGUGCGUAUUUGGAUAAAGGCUGCUGAUUUGGAAACAGAAACUAAAGCCAAAAGGAGAGUGUAUCGCAAAGCUUUGGAACAUAUACCAAAUUCUGUUAGAUUAUGGAAGGCUGCUGUGGAAUUGGAAAAUCCUGAUGAUGCCAGAAUUUUACUAUCCAGAGCUGUGGAGUGUUGCAACACGAGUGUUGAAUUAUGGCUGGCUUUGGCCCGUCUGGAGACUUAUGAAAAUGCCCGUAAAGUGCUUAACAAGGCCCGUGAAAAUAUACCCACAGAUAGACAGAUUUGGACCACUGCAGCCAAGCUGGAAGAGGCCAAUGGCAAUAUACACAUGGUGGAAAAGAUUAUAGAUCGUUCUCUCACCUCUCUAACUGCCAAUGGAGUGGAAAUCAAUCGAGAACAUUGGUUCCAAGAGGCCAUUGAGGCAGAAAAAUCGGGUGCCGUACAUUGCUGUCAGAUCAUUAUAAAGGCUGUCAUAGGCGUAAGUGUGGAGGAAGAAGAUCGCAAACAAACUUGGAUGGAUGAUGCUGAUUUUUGUGCCAAAGAAAACGCUUUUGAAUGUGCCAGAGCUGUGUAUGCCCAUGCUUUGCAGAUAUUCCCCUCUAAGAAGAGCAUUUGGCUGAGAGCUGCCUACUUUGAAAAGAAUCAUGGCUCUAGAGAGUCUUUGGAGGCUUUGCUACAACGCGCCGUGGCUCAUUGUCCCAAAUCUGAGGUAUUGUGGCUUAUGGGUGCCAAAUCUAAGUGGUUGGCUGGUGAUGUACCAGCCGCUAGAGGGAUUCUCUCUUUGGCUUUCCAGGCCAAUCCCAACUCCGAAGAUAUUUGGUUGGCGGCCGUUAAAUUGGAGUCCGAAAAUUCAGAAUACGAACGUGCCAGACGUUUAUUGGCCAAGGCCAGAGGUUCGGCUCCUACACCCAGAGUCAUGAUGAAAUCGGCUCGUUUGGAAUGGGCUUUAGAUCGUUUGGAUGAGGCUUCUAAAUUAUUAGAUGAGGCAGUGGAAGUUUUUCCCGAUUUUCCCAAAUUAUGGAUGAUGAAGGGCCAAAUAGAGGAACAACAAAGACGUUUGGAGGAAGCUGCCAUCACCUAUAAUACGGGCAUCAAGAAGUGUCCAACUUCUAUACCCUUGUGGCUGCUUUCGGCCUGCUUAGAAGAACGCAAGGGUGUCUUAACCAAGGCCCGUUCUAUUUUGGAAAGAGGACGUUUGCGUAAUCCCAAAACUCCCACUUUAUGGCUAGAAGCCAUACGUGUAGAACUGAGAGCUGGACUAAAAGAAAUAGCAAGCACUAUGAUGGCUCGUGCCUUGCAGGAAUGCCCCAAUUCGGGUGAACUGUGGGCUGAGGCGAUUUUCAUGGAAUCUAAGCCUCAAAGAAAAACCAAAUCGGUAGAUGCUUUAAAGAAGUGUGAACAUGAUCCUCAUGUGUUAUUGGCCGUUUCCAAACUCUUUUGGUCGGAACAUAAAUUCACCAAGUGCCGGGAUUGGUUUAAUCGCACGGUUAAAAUCGAUCCUGAUUUGGGUGAUGCCUGGGCCUAUUUCUAUAAAUUCGAAUUGCUGCAUGGCGCUGAAACCCAACAGCAUGAGGUAUUGGAACGUUGUAUAGCCUCCGAACCCAAACAUGGUGAAGCCUGGUGUAGUGUUAGUAAACAUAUCAAAAAUUGGUGUUUUAAAACACCAGAGAUACUAAAGGCCGUGGUUAAGGAGAUUUCUAUACCCAUUUAAAACAUCUUUAAACAAAUAUUUAUCUAAUAAAAACAACACAAUAAAAGAAUAUUGGAAUUUAACAGCAAAUUUCCAAUAACAAAACGCUAAAUAA